AUGAUCACCAACAUCAUCACUGCCGAAACACUGGACCUAUCUCCUCGUCAGGUACCAAACCAUUACCGGGUUUACAGUAUAGAAAAACCUUGGAACCUGGGCCGUUUGGCAGCGAUCAGUUUGCCAGCCAAUGAAUGGAUGGCGCGGUUCUAUUCCAACAGUCUUUACCGAUAUAGCAUGUGCUACAUAGAUGAAUCAAUAAUGACCUCGCCUAUCGGUGGUUGGCGUAUAACUCUAGAUCUCAUAUCGCUUAAAGUUUCUAUUUUCCAAAUAAUUCCACACGUGGAGGGGACGAACAUUGUUGGCCUUUGGCUGGUUCGAAAAUCUAGGGGAACUGUUUCGUCAACCGGAACAUUGAAGAAUUUUUCGAGCAGGACCGUGCUAGCGCAGCCGUGUCCAUCUUAG